CUUCUCGCUCUGAAGGAGAAGUGAGGAAACAGUACAGGAGGAACAGGUUGAGAGCAGGAGGAAAACAGGGCAUUACUAUACCAGGGGAGACCACGUGACUGUUCCAGUAGUAGGAACGUCCCCGCGGUCUCGUGUGCACUUCUACAGUACAGACAACAAGUAUUAGAUAAGACGACAAGAAGGAGGACCCUCCCGUGGGCAGUGGCUCUAAAACCCUUCAACGUGACUCUGUUUUCACGGAGCUGUCAGAAAGCACAUCACAUUCCUCUGGAUAAACUGUGACGAGUUUGUGGACGAAACUAUUGAAUACUUUGAGAUAUUGACGCGAAUGACCUUAACGGUGGACCUUUGACUGGCCGACACCAGAGCAGGUGGAGAAUCAGGUCCUCUGACACGGCAGGGCAGUGGAUUCUGCUGGAGAUUUAUUUGGUGUUGGUUCAGUUACCUGUUGCUGGAGGAGUAAUUACUCAGCAGGGACAUGACGAUGGACUCUCCAUCAACACCAUCAGCAGGACCAGCAUCUAACACAGGACUUUCACGCCUGGGGGGCAUUGAAGACUUGACAUUAAAGAUGGGGCCGUCACGGAGGAACCUCUUCGGGCCCGUGGACCACCAGCAGCUGCAGCAGGACUUCCAGCGGCUGCUCUCGGUUAACUUGGAGGUGGCAAACAAGCGCUGGAACUUCAAUUUCCAGAGCGAUAUGCCGGGAGAGGAGUCCACCAUCCAGUGGGAGUCGCUCAGGUACCAGGACGUGCCGGUGUUUUACCACGGCUGCACGGUUAGGUCGGUGGGGAAAAGACGGACAUUGUCUUCGUCAAGCGAGGCGUCCCCGGGGUCCAGCAGCUCGUCCGGGUGUGGGGACGAGUAUCUGGAGGUGUCCACAAGGGAGUACUACCGGAUCCAACGGCAAAAAAAACGGAGACAGUCUACCAUCACAGAUUUCUUCAAAGUGAAGAAGACGAAGUUCCUGCAUUACAAAGGUUCUUCUCGGAAGUAGAAAAGCACACAUCGAACCAAUGGACGAUCACCUAGUGGUCGACAUCCGUCUACAGGUCACCUCACAUUGAUAUGUGUCAUAUCAUAUGUAUAUUUAUGUAGCAAUUCGUGACUGACUGUUCACAAGCUCAUUCAGCGCGGGCUUUAAAACUUCUCUGACAACAUAUACCUUAGAUUUCAGCAAAAGGAAGCUACCAUUUUUAUAGUUCAUCAAGCUCAGACGGUUUUGUAGAUAAUUAUAAAUGUUCUAUGUAUUCUGUAUACUGUUUUCCUCAUCUUUAUACUGUGAAACUUAUUUGAAUGCACUCUUAACAACAUAACACAGGCUCUAGUAUUGAGAGGUUAAUUUUCUUCUGAAUGGGCCUUGGAUUUUGACCUCAGUCCUUGACCUUUUUCUCGCUCUUGCUAAAAGUCAUAAGAGGUUUUGAUUAGGCGAGUUACUAUUCCUGGCCUCGUGCCACACUUAGCCUUUCAGUCUCACCCCGGGGUGCGAUAGCACGAGUCGAGCCAGGGGUCAAAAUCUCACCCAGGGCUCAAAAUCUGGCAGCGCGACUGUGAUUAGCUGCAGGGCAAAGGUCAGCGCUGGAGGUUUAGCUAUGAGCUAAUGCGGCCAUCGCUGUACAACAGUGACUUAAAUAGCUAUUUGAUUAUUUAUUUAUUAUUCACAAUGCUAAAUUGUAAAAAAAAACACCUUAGAAACAAAAAUAUAGACAUGCAAUGUAUUAAAUGAGAUGAGACAAGGUGUUUGUGGAAUCCUGUGCCAUUAGUGCCCCAAAAGGUUAUCAUGAGUUGUUGCCACUUACUAAUACUGGCCGUUUGUAUUUAACACCAUCACAACAAAACAUAAUAACUGCUAAUCAUAUUAGCUUUCUGCUUUGCAUUGUUGCAUAAUGGGCUGGUAAAAUCUUAUGGCAGCAGACCAAAACAUACCUAUAACUUUAGUCCGCUUCAUGCGUGUAAUAAUGUAGCAUUUUAUCAGUGUGUCGCAGCUCAGAGGAACCAACACUUUGCUCCUUUUCUAUAUGAAGAGUCGAGCUGCUUCACUCUUCUGUUCCCUUCUAUACGUGCUCGUGUGUAAACGCAUAGAUCUGAUUGUGUAUGAGUGUUUCGGUUUGGUGUGAAUCUUGAGGUUUGUGGCAGCUGAGGCAGAUAAAACCAAAGACGAAUUGCUGUGCCAUUAAAUUAGAAACAUGUAUACAGGUCGCUCAUCGGUCAUAGAGGGUCUCAAACAAGUCUUGGGCUUUAAAUAAGAUGUGUUCCUACAGGCGUUUUAUUUUUUUUUAAUGGAAAACAAGCCAUAAUCAGGAUUAAUCCAUUCCUACUACCUCAUGAAUUCAGUGAAACAAACAAAUGUCAUUUAAAUGAAAGAAAACUAAACCAAUGCAGCUCGGGGGUUGUUUUCAUCUGCAUGCGAAAGAGAGACAGAAACAAGGGGGGGGGG